AUGACAAGACUCACUGAUGAUGCCGACCACGAUCCCGGCGAAACGUCUGGGAAUCCAUCUGAUCGUGAGCACUGCCUUUCCUUGGCUGUGACUGCAGGUCUCGAUCUGCAGCGUUUAACGCGAGCAGUGGUUCGCCUCUUACGAUGUCGCGACUCUUCUAAUCGAAUUCCCUCGGCUGGAAAACGACUCCUUGUUACUGGGACGGUUCAGACUGGUGAACCGCCAUUAAACCAAAUAGACGGGAAGCGCAGUCUUUCGGAGGCGAUGGAGUUGGCUAGCCAUUUAGAAGAUUGGGCAGAAGGAUUUGGUAUGUCUGGAGCUGGUGGAUGUUUAAUGCCAGGGACUAUCGCCUCGACAAACGCUGUCAUUAGUUUGGAGGAUCAAUCACGCAUAACUAUCGUCGAUUGGCUUGUUUACGACCCUGCCCAGCGGGGUGAGGCUCUUCUUGUGGGUAACAGUCUGAUGCGCCUUUUCAUCGCGUUACGAAAGUUUCGUGCUGCCAAACUGAUCUUAAGUCAUUUGCCUCUUGGAAUUUUGGAUCAGUCCAAACGUUUGCUUGAAGAAAAGCGUCAAAGCUUCAAUUCUAAAUCUCACUGGUUGGUCCACGCUAUUCGAGAACAUGAAUGCUUGCUACUCUACUUGCAAGUUCAGGCAGGUUAUUUUUCUUUAUUUUACAAGGAUUACUGA